AUGGUCAGAGCCUUGAUGCUGGCCCUCGUCGGCCUCUUCGUUGGAGCCCGUGGGGAUGUUGCUCCGGUCUUCGUCACCUCUCUUCAGUACAAUCAAACGUUUCCCCUGGCGCCCGGCCAAUUGCUCAACCUCUCUGAAACAGUCAAGAUACACGACGCAGACCCAAGUGGAACGCCGCAGGGCUCAAUCUCGAGCAGUGCUAACUUGUUGCAGAUUAGUUUGUUCUGUCUGACGCAAACUGCUCCGACGACACUCGUUCCUCUCUCCUGCAAUUUUGAUGGCUUCAGCAUACAGGCAAGCUUGUCCUUCACAGAGGGGCUGACAAACCGUAGCUCUAUCGACUUCAGCAUGAAGCUGCAGCCUUCCGGGAGCUACGAGACCUUCCCGUCACCUCUGGUGCAUGUGUGCUUGCAGGCGAGGGAUGGCCUAUCCAAGACAAGCAGCUUCUGUUUCAACGUCUACCUCCUGGUGCCGCCCAAGCCCAUUCUCAACAACUCUCAGUGUGUGCAGCUCUUUAACAGCAGCACCUGGAGCUUCAAACCUUAUCAACAGCCCGUUUGCUUGAUCGCUCCUCUCAACGAGCUCUCUGCCGUUGGCCUUGGGCAGACUUUGGAGCGUAACAUAUACUUCUCUUGCGCACUGUCUUACGCCUCCGUCAACGUCGCCGUCUUGUCAAACCCUGGUCUUCCUAACGGUUUCACCAUCGCAGGAAUGUAUGGAGGCCCCAGUGACUCGACCAACCCCACGAGUUCGUCUAACCUGCUGGAGUUCACCUACUUGCCCGACCGCGCGCUAAAGCACCAGCACUACGUCUUCAGCAGAGCAGUCUCCUUCGCUCCAUCGGAAGAUCAGGUGGGCCUGAGCUUCAAGUUCUGCUUGUCUGCCAUCUCGUCGUACCUGCUGCCCAACUCUUCUUCUUGGCCUCAGCUCUCUACCGACACGUGCCUGUCGAUCUCAGUAGUCCCUCCCUCCUUCGCUCUUAACUCGACGGAUCUCAAUCUUUCCGCCGCCUUCUACCACGAUGUUCUGGUGGGCUGUGACUAUGUCUGGAGCAUCACUGUCUACGAGCCAAGUCGUUAUCAGCAGGGACCUGCGACUCCUUCGCUGCAGACGAACUACACUGCAGCUCUUGUCGGCGACUCGCAUGAUCUUCUUCCUCCCUCCGCCUUCUUCUCCGAGGGUCAGCCACUGAUGGUGUGCAGCGACAGGCAAGAUCGAGUGUGUGCAGACAAGAGUUACCCGAUGACGAGGUUCGAGCUGCGAUGGACGCCAAGCAGAGGGCUGGAGGCUCAAACCUUCCAGUCUUGCUUCUGGUUGCAAGAGCGAAAGUUCUCGCGGUUCAAUCGCCUUCGGUUCUGUGCCAACUUCCGCGUUUCCAAGUGCAAGACAUGCGUGAUGAGAGGGGAGACUCUUCUCGCCCUCGCUCGUCACUACCGCACCACGUGGCUGCAGCUUUGGGGAGCCAACCCGCAUCUGCAGAACCCGCAGAACCUCUCGCAGCUCUCGUUCCUCCAUCUCGGCCCUUCGUUCCAUGUCAGCAAGGACACCGACGUGACCGUCAUCAUGCAGAGGUUUGGUAUGCGGGCUGACGCCUUCAAGCUUGUCAACCCGGAGCUGCAGGCAGCCCUCAUCCCUAAGGAUACUCAAGUUUGCGUCCUCACCGCCAUGUGCCGCCAGGAGACGGACAGCUUCUCAGCGUGA